UUGUAAUGGAGUAUUUUUGCUGCAGAAGUGCAGACAGCAUUCAAUUCAACUUCAGCAACAAACAAGUAGGCGCUAGGACGUUCCUUUAUAAAAUAUUACAAAAACUUAUUGAAUACAGUUACAAUAUCAGUUUAGUUAUUUAAAGAAGACAAGGGACCAGUGUACCUUACCCAAAAGCUUUCUUACUUCAAUAUACUUGUAAUCAAAACUAAACAAAGUUUUAAAAAAGCCGCGACGCUCAAUGGCAACGGUCGAAGGUCAGGAUCAGGAACCAGAUCUGUGUUCCAUAAGCUCUCGUUCAUCUUCAUUGGAAAUCAAUGCUAACAUCGAAUGGGGUCAAACCCAAUCAAAUUUAUAUAAAAUCAAUUAUGAAUGGACUAUAAAUAAUUUCUCUUUUUACAAAUCUACCGAUCCCGACAAAAAAUUAUGCUCUCCAACAUUUUACUCAAACGAUAAUCCAACGAUAAAAUGGAAAUUGGUAUUGGUUCCAGGUGUAGAGUAUAUUUCUGUGUAUCUUAAGUUGAUAUCGGAAUCGGAAACUUCUGAUAAAUUGAAAAUUCCUGCAAAAUUUAACUUUUUUAUUUUAAAUUCAAAACAAGAAAGAUAUAAAGACAAUUAUGAUUUAACGCAUAAUUUCAAUGCCAUGGAAUGUUAUGGUUUUCCAGAAUGUAUAGAUAUGGAAACUCUACAAGAUGAAUCCAACGAUCUAUUGCCAAAAGACGAACUGUUGAUAUAUUGUGAAGUCACAUUUAUAUGUGAAAGCAAAACCAUUAAAAGUCAAAAGAAAAUGGGAGACUUCAAAAUUCCAGACUGUGAUGUAAUAGAGGAUUUUGGUAAACUCCUUGAAAGUGGGAAAUUGAGUGAUGUCACUCUGGUGGCUGGUGAUCACAAGUACCCAGCUCAUAAAGCAAUCUUAGCUUCACGAAGUGAUGUCUUUGCAGCUAUCUUCGAACAUGAAAUGAAGGAGAAUAAGUUAAGUUUGGUAAACCUGCCCGACGAGCACCAUGUUCUUCAUGAAAUGCUAGUUUUCAUCUACACGGAUAAAGCUCCGAAAUUAGAAGAUAUGCCCAUUAAGCUUUUGGCUGCCGCCGAUAAAUAUUCAUUGAAGAAAUUAAAGGUGAUGUGUGAAAAAUACUUGUACUCUGAUUUAGCCAUUGAAACAGCAGCUGAGGUCUUAGUUUCAGCUGAUCUCUUUAAUGCGGAUCAAUUGAAAGAACAUACCAUCAAAUUUAUCAUCAUUAAUGCUAAGGCAGUUGUUAGGACCAAAGGAUGGGAAACUAUGUGCAGCAACGAAACUAAUUUGUCUUUGCUGGCCUUGCUCUUUGAACGAUUGGCAAUCGGUGAAUCUGCAUCUUGUUCUUAGAAAUUAAUCAAUUGAUUAAUAAAUGUGCCUAUAAUUUUGUUUUAAUUAUGUAAAAAGUAAUUAAAUAAAACUUUUAUUAUUAAUAUCAUUAUCAA